GGAACUAAAAAAAAGUAGAACCACAACACUUUGAAACCACGAUGGCGGCUGAAGAAACUACAGUGGAUCUGAAACGAAAAGCAGAUGAUAAUCCAGCUGCUGAUGGAGAAGGAGUAGGAGAAGGGGAAGAGGAUGAAUGGGUCGGGCCCAUGCCCUGCGAGGCAUCCCAGACCAAAAAAAGAAAAGUAUUGGAAUAUGAACGGGUUUAUCUGGACAACCUGCCGUCGGCUCUCAUGUAUGAAAGGAGUUACAUGCACAGAGACGUCAUCAGUCAAAUCGUCUGCUCCAAGACGGACUUCAUCAUUACUGGAAGCCAGGAUGGCCAUGUCAAAUUCUGGAAGAAAAGGGAGGACGAGGGAGUAGAGUUCGUUAAACACUUUCGCAGCCAUCUUGGAUAUAUGGAAUGCAUUGCUGUCAGUUCCGAGGGGGCCAUUUUCUGCUCUGUAGGAGACGAUCAGGCAAUGAAAGUGUUCGAUGUUGUCAACUUUGACAUGAUCAACAUGCUGAAACUAGGCUUCCACCCAGGCCAAUGUGAAUGGAUUUACAAUCCAGGGGACCCCAUAUACACCGUGGCCGUGUCUGAGAAGUCCACGGGGAAGAUCUUUGUUUUCGACGGGCGUGGGAACAGCGAGCCACUUCACAUCUUUGACAAGAUGCACACCUCCCCGCUGUCCAAAAUAUGCUUGAACCCCAAAUUCAGGGUCAUUGUUUCUGCUGACAAAGCAGGAAUGAUCGAAUACUGGACCGGCUACCGGAACGAAUUUAAGUUCCCGAAAUACGUGGAUUGGGAGUACAAAACAGACACAGACUUGUAUGAAUUUGCGAAGAACAAGACAUACCCCACCAGCCUUACCUUCUCCCCCGAUGGCAAGAAAAUGGCCACCAUUGCCUCCGACCGCAAAGUGAGAAUCUUCCGGUUCCUCACUGGGAAACUGAUGAGAGUGUUCGAUGAGUCGUUGCCGAUGUUCACAGAGCUGCAGCAGAUGAGGCAGCAGUUGCCCGACAUGGAGUUUGGGCGGCGCAUGGCCCAGGAGAGGGAGCUGGAGAAGGUGGACGGCAUCCGACUGACCAACAUCAUCUUCGACGAGACCGGUCACUUUGUCCUCUACGGGACCAUGCUGGGCAUCAAGGUCAUCAAUGUGGAAACCAACAGGUGCGUGAGGAUCCUGGGGAAGCUGGAGAACAUCCGCGUGUUGAAGCUGUGUCUGUUCCAGGGCAUCGCCAAGGCCAGCCAGGUGGCGCCCACCGUGGAGAUGACGGCCUCCGACAACCCGGCCCUGCAGAACCAGAUGCCCGACCCCACCAUCUUCUGCACCGCCUUCAAGAAGAACCGCUUCUACAUGUUUUCCAAGAGGGAGCCGGUGGACACCAAGAGCGCCGAGUCGGACCGCGACGUGUUCAACGAGAAGCCGUCCAAGGAGGAGGUGAUGGCCGCCACCCAGGCCGAGGGCCCCAAGAGGGUGUCGGACAGCGCCAUCAUCCACACCACCAUGGGGGACAUCCACAUCAAGCUCUUCCCAGUCGAAUGCCCCAAAACGGUUGAGAACUUCUGUGUUCAUAGCAGAAAUGGCUACUUCAACGGCCAUAUAUUCCACAGAGUCAUCAAGGGCUUCAUGGUCCAGACGGGGGACCCCACGGGCACAGGGAUGGGCGGCGAGAGCAUCUGGGGCGGGGAGUUUGAGGACGAGUUCCACGCCACGCUGAGACACGAUCGCCCGUACACACUCAGUAUGGCCAACGGGGGCCCCGGCACCAACGGCUCCCAGUUCUUCCUCACCGUCGUGCCCACCCCGUGGCUGGACAACAAGCACACAGUGUUCGGGAGGAGUGCCAAAGGCAUGGAAGUGGUCCAGAGGAUCUCCAACGUCAAGGUCAACCCCAAGACGGACAAGCCCUACGAGGACAUCAGCAUCAUUAACAUCACCAUCAAGUGAUCAGGACCAGCCCCUUUUUUUACUCCUUCUAUUAUGUACAGAUUUGAUCUACAAGCCUUUUUUUAAACAGAAUAAAGUGUUUAUUCAAAGACUAUUCUUUCGGAUUGUAAAAUGUUACUUAUUUUGAGGACACUAGGAGUUAGUGAUUAACAGGACAUUCAGAUAAAGGUCUUAAAGGACCCUGUAUUGGUUAGGAUGCCUACAAGAAGGUUGAAUGCAUUUGGAAUCGAACCAAGAACCUUUACCUGGGGGCCGACCUCUGCACUAUCCUGACUCACUCCAAUCAAAUGUUAACUCCUUUAAUUGUAGACAAAAUGUAGUUUAGAGGUUACAAACAGUAAACGGUCAAAAGUUGUUAGGUUUUACCUAGUCUGGCUGAACGGAAGUGGACAGCGUCUAUUGCCUAGCGUCGGAUUUGGCCGCGACUCCCCUUCCGGUUUCUGGCGUUCCCGUAUUGUGCUCCCCCUCAGACUCGGAAACUAGGCAGUAUGGCGAGUUUUGAAGAGGACUUUGACGGCGCUGUAAAGUUGGCAUGUUUGGCUCUUUCCGUCAAAUUGCAAAGAACUGCAAAAGAUUUGCUUACAGCAUUUGCUGAGGAAGAAAGAUGUUCUAUUUGGCAUGGACACCGCUGCUGCUUCCCGGGCUUAGCCCCGCCCUAGACGAUUGUGAUUGGUUUAAAGAAAUAAAAACAGGCCCGCCCAGUUUCCCCACGGAUAGACGGCUCGAGGUAGCGUGGCUCCAGACCAUUCUACUUGCUGUAGUUUGGUCUGGCUUUGCGAGACUAGGUUUUACCAAAUGCAGUUACUAUCCAGGCAGGAGUUCAACUUUAUUUUACAGCUUCACAUAACUUACAAAAAGCCAUUAUCAAGUCCAAUGGUAUAAGGAAUUGAUGGUUUAACUGUGCUGUGCUUCUAUGUGUAGAUAAAGGGCAAUCCCCACAAUUAACAAAACUAAGGAACAAAAAGGGGGGG